AAAUACCUAAAGAAAUUAGUUAUUUGAACUGAUUAAAAUGCGCUAAUUACAUGGCAAUUUAACGUGGCAUUUGCACGCUACGUCAAAUGUCAACAGCAGCUUUAGCAAAUCUCAUUAAAUGACUCGUCUGCAUUGCAAUUAAAGUGGUUACCUCCCUCACGCCUUCUCACCCACCAUCACAGCCACAGCUGAAGCGCGCGCAAAAUGGCGGCGAGUGAAUAAAGCUCUAAAUGGCUGUAAAUUAUAAUGCAAAUCCAUCAAGCGGCGAGGGCAUGCCUCUUGAGCAGCACAAAAGGCGGUAGCACAAUGGAGGAUGGGCGUGGCGUUAUUUGAAGUGCAGGCAGUCAACGAGCAGCAUCAAGGUCAAAUGUGCAGCCACGCCCACUUCAACUUAAGUAUAAAUAGAAAGGCGACUGCUGCCAAACAAGGAUCAACCAUCGACAGCAUGGACGAAGCUUAUUUUUUGCGCGUACAAGUUUUAGCCUUUCGCCUUAUGGGUUUCGAUUUGUGGAACAACAACAGCUCAAAGGAUCGUCCACAGAUCUCGUUUCUUGUCAUUGGCACCAUGGGCGCCUUUCUUGGUCCGCUGUUUUUUGCCAUUAAGUUCUACAUCAAGAAUGUGAGCAUCAUGUCUGAUGCCAUGGGCUCCUUUCUGGCCAUUCUGCUCACCCUGGUCAAAUAUGGUGUCUUCAUCUACUAUCGCGGCGACUUUGUGCAGCUCAUCUAUCGCAUUCGCGGCAUUCUUGAGCGUGAGAUUGUGGCAUGGCCGCAGGCUGCACAGAUCGUGGAGACGGAGAAUCGGAGCGAUCAAGCGCUGAGCUUGACCUACAUGCGCUGCUUCUUUGCCGCCUGCCUUUUUGCGGGUAUCAAGCCCAUUGUGAUCAUGGUCACCACCAAACUAAGGACUGGUGAAACGUAUUUGGAGCUGCCGCAUUCGGGCGUGUAUCCGUGGAGCGAUCAGGCGAUCUUGUACUACGCUCCCACGUACAUUUGGAAUUUGCUGGCCAGCUACGGGGCCGUCACCAUGUCCUUGGCCAUGGACACGUUGCUAUUUGCCUUCACGUAUAAUGUGUGCGCUUUGUUCAAGAUUGCCCAGCAUCGCAUACGGCACUUGCAGCCCAUGGAGCAGGAGCCGAGGCAGGAGUUGCUGCAACUGAUUGAUGUGUUGCGCCUGCAUCAGACCGGUCUGAUGAUUGCCACACAGCUGGGGCGUAGCCUGAGGCCUUUGGUGUUUAUGCAGUUCUUUGUCACGGCAUUGCAACUGUGCUUUCUAGGCUUUCAGUUGGCCGAUCUGUUUCCGUCGCCUGUCUGCGUUUACUUCAUCUUCUUUGUCAGCUCGCUGCUGAUUGCGCUGUUCAUCUAUUCGCAUUGCGGCGAGAAUAUGAAGCAGGCCAGUGCUGACUUUGCCAUUGCAGUCUACGAUAGCAACUGGGUGGAGUUUGCCCCAGCCACACGACGUGCCCUCAUCGUCACUAUCAUGCGGGCCCAGCGACCAUGCCAGCUAAAGGGCUACUUCUUUGAGCCAAACAUGGCAACAUUCUCGGCGGUGGUUCGCUCAGCCAUUUCGUAUGUCAUGAUGUUGCGCUCUUUUAAUGCCACGGGUCAAGCAUAACUACGCAACUUUGCAGCAUUCCUGGUUCCAUAAGACAUGUCUGUCCUGCUCUCA